AACAACAACAACAAAUAUACAUAUGUACAUAAAAAAGUGUUUAAGAAUUAAGUGUUAAGUGCGAUAGUGUGUGUGUUAACAAAUUACAAAAACAACUUUCAAGGCGUUCCAUGGCCCUGAGCAGCAAAAGCGAAGCUGACCAUAAUGGUACUAGAGCAACAACAACAGCAGCAACCACAACAACAACAACAGCAACCACAGGCGACAACAACAAGUGCUGCAGACAGCAAAAAGUUUAAUAAUAACAAUAACAAUAGCAACAGUGAUUUAAACGAAAGCAAACGUGCACGCAGCUCCAGUCACAGUCACAGUCACAAUCACAAUCACAGUUCUAGCUCCAGUCACAGUCAAAGUCAAAGUCAGCUGCGCAGCCAUUUAGCCGCCACGCCGCCGCAGCUGCAGCAACGCUUGGGCAGCAAUAACGCUGCUCCCAUCAGCAUCAGCACAGCAGCAGCAGCAGCCAACGCUAACUCCAACUCCAGCGUCAUGCCGUCGGAGGGACUGCAUCCGACGGCUGCAUUGCAGCUCUACGCUGCCGCCGCUCAACUGGCGCCCGGCGGCGUACGCGUUCCGCCGUGGGGUCCUUUUCUACAAUUCGGCGUGCCCGGCGUCUUUGGCCCCAAUGGUCCGUUCCUGGGUCGUCCGCGCUUCGAGGCCGCGGGCGGUGCUCAUCCCACCUCAGCGGCUGCAGCAGCAGCGGCCACACAAAUGGCGGCGGUCAAUGCCAGCAAUGCCUUUGCCAAUCUAACGGGACUGAGUGCGGCAGCAUUGCGCAAUGUGAGCGCAGCACAAACCACAGCAGUUGCCGCCGUGGCCAGCACAGUGGCCACCAUACAGCACCGCCUAAUGAUUGGCAAUCGACAGAGCUUGCCACCGGCGGGACCACCGAGCGAGGGAUCCAACGAGGAUGGCGGUUUUCCCGGCGAUGGCGAUGACGACAGCAGCGCUGCCAAGCGUCGACGCUCGCGCACAAAUUUCAACUCCUGGCAACUGGAGGAACUGGAGCGCGCCUUCUCCGCCAGCCACUAUCCGGAUAUAUUUAUGCGCGAAGCUUUGGCCAUGCGCUUGGAUCUCAAGGAAUCGCGUGUUGCGGUAUGGUUCCAGAAUCGACGUGCCAAGGUGCGGAAGCGUGAGCACACCAAAAAGGGACCUGGUCGACCGGCCCACAAUGCUCAGCCGCAAACUUGCAGCGGCGAACCGAUUCCCCCCAACGAGCUCAAAGCCAAGGAACGAGCGCGACGACGCAAGAAGCUGGCCAAAGCCAUAGACAGGCAGGCGCGGAAGCUGCAGGCCAAGGGCAUCACCGUGGACCUGGAGGCACUGAAGGCCGAAUACAUAUCACAGCACAAGGCGAAUGGCACGUUCUCCGACUCGGAUCUGGAGGACGAUGGCAUACAGAUCGAUGUGGUGGGCGGCACCGAUAGCGACGACGAGCUGGACAGCGAUGCGGUGAGUCCAGCGCGUGCUGGCGGCGGCGGCAGCCUGCAUCAUGGACUGGGCCAUUGCGGCCUGGAUGCCGAUGGCGACAGUUCGCGUGCCGGCAGCUACAUUGGCGGCGGUGGCAGCCUGGGCAGUCCCAGCAGCGUGGCAGCGCCAAAUAUGCACAACAACAAUGGAGCAGCAGCUGGCGUGGGCGGUGUGGGCGGCCUAGGGGGAGGCGGCUACAAUAUGCAGGCGGAGUGCAUGCCGGCGGACGACUGCGAGAGCGAGCGUGAGAGCGAUUCGAAGGCGCUGCUAUUUCCCGCCAAGGCAUUCCAUCAGUUGAAUCUACAGAAUACGGCAGCAGCAGCGGCAGCGGCGGCGGCAGCAGCAGCGCAGCAGCAACACAAUGCGGCAACGGCAACGGCGGCAGCGGCGGCGGUGGCCAAUCUGGUGCAUCAGACCACGCCCAUUAGCAUGCGGCGCAGCAAUCCCUUCAGCAUUGAGUCCUUGCUGUUCAAUAAUACGUGAGCCAGUCGGCAGGACUUUAACUGCUGCUAAGCCAGCACAAAUUACACGCCCUUCCUGCCUGCCCAAGCCCCCACCCCCCUACC